UGUUAUCAUAAGUUUAAUAAUCCCAGCGAAGGCUCUGACCAGAAGUGGCCUCUUUGUGCAGCAGAGAUGAAAAGUGUUAUGUUGGCUGCAAAAGACACAGAAACGUGUAUGAGAAGAAGUAAUCUUGCUGCAAAUCUGAACCCAAUCCAAUACUGUGAUCCUCUUAGUGGUAGGAACGUGGUGAUGACUUUGUUUCCUUCUAAUAAAUCUAGUCCUCUAACAGAAAGAUCGGUGAUUGUGGUCGGUGCGAGGAUCGAUGCAUUUUCACUUUUUGACAAUGCUGCCCCUGGAGCCGACUCGGCAGUUAGUGGAUUGGUUACUCUCAUGGCAACUGCGAAUGCUCUUGCUUUACUCCGAAAAGAUAUAACAAAAAAAAUGAAUGAAAAGAAUUUGACCAAGAAUGUGUUGUUCAUCAUUUUUAAUGGGGAAUCGUUUGACUACAUUGGAUCUAGCCGUGUAGUGUACGACAUGCAGAAGAAACAAUUUCCAGUCGUUCUAAAAGAUGACGUAAACUCUCAACCAGCCCUUGUUGAAUUACACCACAUUUCUCAUUUUCUAGAGUUGGCUCAAGUGGUGCCACAUAGUGGUGGUAAACAGCAUCUGUGGAUUCACACGGAUCCAUUAUCUUCUCAAGUGGAGAAGGUGAACCGAUCUAUUAACUACCUAACAAAAAUACUGUUGAAGGCCGGUGAAAACUCCUCUAGACCUGACCUUUCGCUUGCUCCCUGGGAUAAACCAUUGCCUCCUGCUUCAUUACAUAGGUUUCUCCGUGCAGACUUGGAUAUCCCUGGUGUUGUUAUUAGCAACCAUAAGGAUGAGUUCACUAAUAGAUACUACAACAGCAUAUAUGAUUUCAUACCCAACAUCAAUGACACCGAAGUUUUAGAUAUCCUUGCCUCUAACAUAACUGCACUAACUUCUGUAAUUACGGAGACGGUCUACGAGCUGUUGACGGGGGAAAGACCAACUCACAUAGAAGUGAAUGAAACUUUGGUGCAAGGACUGUUGGAGUGUUACUUGGCAAAUAUUUCUUGUGAUUUAUUCAGAACCAUAAGUAAACUAUACGAACAUGCAAAGAAACCAUAUCCAUUAUAUGUUCGUGUAGAAACUCGUCACAUCAGUCCUGUUAUCGUUUACACCAAGCUCCUCCUGGCUCAUCUGACUGGUACUAUUUUGCAAAAUAAAACAAAAGAUGAUUGUAAAGCUGAAGAAUCAAAUGAGAUUUAUGUGUAUAAUUGGAUUAGAGGAUCAGAUCCAAACAACACAGGUGUUUGUGUUCAGUCUACUACAAGGUUUACGUUAGCACAGUCUCCAGCCUUUGAGCUAAAAGACUGGACUUCCACAGAAUAUUCCACAUGGACUGAAAGCGUAUGGACAGAAAUUUCUUGCCGAAUCUUUCUGAAACCAAGUAGAGUCCAAGAAGGAGUUACCUUUGCUAUAGGAAUCAUUAUUCUUGUAAUCUCUUUUGGAAUAGUUUACGCUAUAAAAAAUCAAGCUCAUGUUCUCUUUGGGUCCAGAAACCUUAUCGCUUGCUAGGAAAACGCCACAAAUCAUAUCGCUUUGGCUGACUUACCGGGGAGCGUGCAAUUGGCAGAGGCCAAGGAUUUGCCACCCCCUACAUUUUUGUAAUUGAAACCAUCAACAUUUAUUUUAUUUUUGGCCAUUAGUUUGAUAACCAGUCAUCUUCUCUUAUCUACUGUGAUCUAGUACAUCUUAUUAAAGUUUUAGAAUGUUUUUACUUGCUACUAAAUUAAAGAACUUAUACAGCGAA